GUGUAUCGUGUAGUAUAAAAUUGAAUGCAAUAUUCGUCAAUAAGCUGUUUUAUUUCUGUAAAAAGAAAACUGCUCUUUUAACUCCCUCAGUUAUGCAACAGCACAAACUUCCGGUGCUGUUGAUGUUGACUUUGUUAAACACAGUUAGUGAGUCAGAAAGACUGAAGUAGGUGGUUGAGGAAUUCCCAACAGCAGCCGCAACAAUGGACAGUCGGGAGGUGGUGGGCUUACUUCAGGAGUGCCUCAGAGCAGCCACAUCAGCAGGCCAACUCUCCACACAGCCCACGGAGACGGAGAAGCGGAACUACUGCAGCUGCAGAGACUCACUGUGUGCAGAACUGGCCUCUCUCCUGCAGGAGGCAAUCGACAUGAAGUGGCCCUUUGUGCCUGAGAAGUGGCAGUACAAACUGUCAAUCAGUGCCACAGACAAAUCCAAUCUCAGUGACCUUGUUGCCGAGCAUCUGCCACAGUUACUGGCUCUUUUGAAAACCUCCAUUGUGGCCCAGGAAGCAAGCACAGCCCUAGCUGUGGUCUUCUUAGUGGACCGUUUUCUUUACUGGACAGACGAGUCCAGCCGUCUACUAAAGAUCACAAGGCUGCUCCAUAGAUGUCACCCAAAUACUCCUGUGGCUCCACAGCUGAUCAUACGACAGGCCAGGGUCUACCUCAACUCUGGCAAACUGCAGAAGGCAGAGUACAUACUAAGCAGUCUGAUUAAUAGCAGUGGUGCCACAGGUUGUUGGUUGUACCAAAGUGAAAGUGACAGGGCUCUGGUACAGGCUGUCAGUGUCCAAGUGCGUGGAAUGAUCCUGCAAAAGCUUGGCCUGUGGCUGGAGGCCGCAAAGUUAAUCUGGGCCUCGCUGGUCGGCUUCUACUCACUACCUCAGCCUGAUAAAAAGGGCAUCGGGACAUCUCUCGGAAUACUGGCCAACAUAUUGGUGUCAAUGAACGAUGAGGACUUCCAUACUUUCAGGACAAACAUAGAUAUUGAACUGGAGUCCUUACUAGAAAACGCGACUCACCGUCUGCUUUCAGCAGCAAAGGCAGCAAAAAUGGCAGUUGUCUACAGCCAGUACACCUCCCUCUAUGUGUUGACCAACGUGGUGACUCAAGGGACCUGUCUGUUAUCGUACAGUUUUUCAGUGGAGUGCCCAAACUCGCAGAGACAAUCUUUUCUCCAACAGGCCAGAGAGGCAUUUGAAAUUGGUUUGCUCACUAAAACAAAGGGCGAGCAAGUGGCGAGCAAGCAGGAGCUGCACACCUUCCUCAAAGCUGCAUAUUCCCUCGCUGUCACUCACAAGUGGCUCGGCACAUCUGGAGAGGCUGUGGCUCGGGCAACUCAAGCAUGCCAAAGUGCUUUGGCCAGUUUUUACGAUUACUGCUGCGCAGAGAAUCAAGACAAGGACGCCCUCUGUGCCAAGAUCAUGCAGUUGCUGUCUCAAGUCAAGUUUCUAUUGAAAGUGGAGCCUUUUAUUAACACAGACAGCGGAUCUUUUAUUCCCGACAGCUACCGAAACAUUAAAGAUGCAUCAGUAAAUUUUACUCUGACAGGUUUCUCCAAGUUGAUGCAGAGAUAUCAAAAGUAUCACGCAUCGCUGUGCGUUACGCACUGUAAAGGGAAUAAAGAUGCAGUAAAUGGAGAGGGACCAUGCAUUACUGCGUUGAACACAACAGUUGGUGCACUAAACACAGAUUGUGGCACCGAGGCUUGUCACGUGACCACAAAUUCACCCCGAGCAGAUGAGCCACACCAGAAAGAUACAGAUUCACCGGUCAUGCCUCCGCAGCAAAUGCCUCAGCAAAACACUACUCUCACAAGCACAGAUGAGCUGGGUUCAUCAUGGCAGAAUAUCUCUUUGAGUAGUUCUGGAUCUUCCUGGGCCAGCAGCAGUGGCUAUACAGGAAGUAGUGCCAUAAAAGGAGCAAAUAGGAAUCAAAGCUGUCUGACCACUGAGGUCGAUGAUCCAAGGGCAACCCGCUUUCCCCAGUUCAUAGAUAAAACCAAAACACCUGAUGGGCAUAGUUUCAUCAGUGUGAGUUGUGGUUCAAAAAACUCAGAAGUGACACAAGACGCGGUAGAGACACUGGACACUGAGCAUGGCUGGAUGAUUGAAGCUGCUAGUGUAGGAUCUCCGCACUCCUUAUCUGGGCUAACUCUCGGAUCAUCCUUGAGCUCACUUGGUGACAGCCUCGGUUCCAAGUCAUCUUGGGAAAAAAUAUCAUUUGAAAACUCCCCCACAAAUAGUAAACCUUAUGCAAGUCAAGCAGGAAGCAGCUUCUCCCCUUUCCCAAAAACACAUUGUGAAAGCAGCGAUUCACCGUAUAAUAAACACAAAUCGGAGGAGGUGUUUGAAACGAAGCCCCAGCAGCACAACUUGGAGUUGAAGGAGAAACUGCAAAUAGACAUUGCCAACAGCUCCUCAGCUUCUUCCCACCAAGACGUUGCCCAGUGUGACUUCACUGAUAAUUCCUCAGACAGUUCAUAUGAGAUUGUGGAGGUCUGUGAUGCCUCUACUUCACAAGCAGCAAGGAAUAACCCCUUGUGCUACAGCUGUCAAGACCCUGUGGGAAAGGCUGCCUCUAGUGGGCAAUAUUUGUUGUCACAGAAAGAUUACAGGGCCUUACUGGCUGGUGUUUGCAAUGAAUGUCUAUUUAAAAGGUUGCAAAGUAAUGAAACACAAUUUCAACUUCAACAACAAGGAAACAACAAGGAAAACAAAACUGCCUAUAGUGCUCUUCAUCUAAAGUUCUCCAAAGCCAAUGAGCUGUGGACAGCCAGGGAGACCUGCGUUUACAUUGGAGAGCCAAUGGGGAUGGAGGGAAAGCAGAGAAAAGCUAUAUGGGUCCAAUUCUUACACCAGGAGGAGAGGCUGAGCAGUUACGUGGGGAAGGAUUACUUGGAGCCAAAGCAGAUCCAGUUUCACCUGAAAGACGUUGAACGUCAGAUGACUGCCCAGUACUAUGUGACUGAAUUUAACAAGCGCCUCUAUGAUAAAGACGUAAUGGCUCAGAUCUUCUUCAUUCCCUCGGAAGCCCUGCUGAUUUUAAACGAAAAUGAGAUUGUGGGCUGUGUGACAGUUGAGCCCUACAUGCUCGGAGACUUUGUCAAACUGACCAACAACACGUGGAAGAAGGACCUGACUUUCCAGGCAACAGAAUACGGUCUUGCCUUUGGACACUUUACCUAUCUCUUCUCUGGGCAAAAGGAAGUUGUUGUCGACUUGCAGGGCUGGGUGACUGCCAAUGGCAAGGGUCUAACCUACCUCACUGACCCACAGAUCCACUCCACCAAAGCCCCUAAAGGCCCCUCUAACUUUGCUGCCAAAGGCCUCAGUAUCUUCCUGGAGAAGCAGCACGGGCAGGAGUGCAACACCAUUUGUCAGCUGCUCCAUUUACCACCGGUGGACAGCCGACAAUUCUCUUUCGCCUAAAAAGCUGAAAAAGUCAAUAUAAGUUUCGGUCAAUAAAGCUCAACUUUUGACAUUAGAGGAAAAAGCAGCUUAUGCGUCCCACACAUACAUAUAUUUGCAACAUGGAAAAUCGUUGUGUAUAUUUCUACCCAUCAUCUAUGUGUCUAGAUUUAUGUUGUCAGACCGAAAAAAAAUUGAAAAUGAUGUGUACACCUUGUUCUCAAUUUGUAUUAUGUGUCUGUCUUUGAAGUCACUAAACAAAUAAUCCUUAUUAAAACUAAAUUACGACUGAAAUU